UGAUACUGGGAUACCGUUAUCCACGUGGCAGCUUCUCAACCACUUGUCCUUGAAGUAGCCAACAAUUCUUGCAGACUUCUCUCUCAAUGGGUUGGGAAUCUUUGAGAUCCAAAGCGACUGCGUUUAUGAUUCUUGUUUUCUGCUUCAUUCCUCUCGCUAGCUGUCUGUGUGAUAAAUAUAUGUUUUUGCUUUCUAGUUUUGGGCUGUCUGUGUUUUUGGUGAGAGAAUGAGACCGAGAGAGAUAAAAAUGGUGUGAUGCAACUGCAAUGAGUUGUGGAGAGAGAAAGGAUUUUGUGUUGAGGCGAAGCUGAUAAUGAAUAAAAAUGAUGAGGAUAUUGAUUUAAGGCUUGCUUUGGGCUCUAGAAAUUACAGUGUAGAGACGAGGUUGGAUAGCAGCUUGUGCGUAGGUGCAGGUGUAAAUGCAAACUCACGCGUGGGCAUGCCAUUUACAGCAUCUGAUCCCCUAUCCGAAUUAGUUUGGUUGCCAAAUAAUGGUUUGUCUAUGAAAUGUGCUAUUCCAGGCUUAGCCAAUACCAGACCUUUUCUGGCUUUGAGAGAGAGCACAGACGAGAUUAUAACAUCACAGGAUAUUAGGGUGGUUAGUGCUGGGGAGAAGUUGACAAUGCUCGAUGAGGUUGGGAGUUCUGGCGACAAGGCUGCUGUAUUUAGUUCUAGCUACGAUGGGAGCAAGGGUUUAAUUGAUAAAACUAUCACUACUGAUGCUAUUCAACAACACAAAGGUCAUGCCCAUAUUUCUGAAAGCAGCAAAAUGAAUGCCGAGGUUCAUACUCUAGCAGAUGCAGAACACGAUAGGAAAUCAGACACGGCUAUAAACUGGAAGUUCCCUAGUAAUCUUGUUAGAGGAGGACACUACAAUCAUAAAGGUAAACUUGAAAUGGAUGCUUCUAGAAGUGUUGUUAUUGGCUCAGCUGUCCCUAUACGUUUUCAACCUCCAACAGCAAAAGUAUCCGAAGCUGUAGUUUGCUCUCUUCCGAACUUGCAAGCACAUGAUCAGAUAGAUGAUGAAGUCACAUCAGCCGUGGACAAGACUAAAACCGAUGCAUCCCCUUCGAUCAUCCCUGCGCCCACUUUGAUGAACGUGGAGUCAUCUGAUGAAAAUGACUUGGGUGGCCAUCUGGUUGCAAAAGAGGCUCGGAGUUUACGAGAGACGGAGCUUCCUAGAGAGGAUCCUCUUGCUGUUGACAUAGCUCCUACAAGAAGCAGGAUUUUCUUUUACCGAGAAAAGGGGAAUGAGAAAGAGAAAGAAAAAGCCUUAUCUGAUGGAUAUAUUUAUGGAAGAUCGUCAAACAAUAAGGAAGACAGCCACGAGACCGUGGAGAGUUGUAAUAGUGCUGGAUUGUUCCCAAAAGGUGUGAAGAGACAGCAUUAUGAUCAUGGGCAGGAAAUAGAAAGCAAAAGGGUGAAAACGUGUGUCGAUGAAAAACCUGGUUUGACAUCCUUCAUAAAAGCUGAUAGCUCCUUUGUGAAAUGGAUAUCAAACAUGGUUAAGGGUCUUACCGAUUCUAAUAAACAAGAGUCUUCUUCUCUCCUCGCUCUCACCCUAGCUCGCUCUAAUAAUGUUUGCAGUCACAAUCACCAGGAGAGUUUCAUGUGCAACAAAACAACCGAGUUUGCAAAACCAAGGACAGGGUUCCAAAAUGUGUUUCAGUCCUUGUACUGCCAAACCAACAAGACACUGAUCUCUGGAGUAGAUAAGGACCAGCAGCUCAUAGCAGAAUCUGAUGAGCUUAUGGUUUCUGAUACAAAGUUAGCUGACAAAACUCCACGGUCGUGCAACAGAAACAAUGAUAGCUCUUGCAAGCAGAUUAUUAUUUCGGAUCAAGAAUCCAACCCACAGGUAUCUACGAGGCCAGUUAAACCGUGGAUAUUUUCAGCAGGUUUUCUUAAUAGAAAUUCUUCUGAAAAGAGCUUGGAAGAAAGUAGUAGGAAAAUGGUUGAGGGAAAGCCUUCUGCUUCGUUGUGUAAAAAGGCGGAGAAGAUGGAUCUCGACAUCCCUUUUCCAGUGAGCUGUGUUCCUGAAAAAAGUAGACCUCGUCCUAGUUUGUGGAUUACGCGCCUUUAUACUAGAACUGCUCCAUUUGAAAACUGCAACCGUAUAAAUGAUGAAGACCUCGACUGCAACUCUGAACGCCUUGAGGCUAAUCAUGAGAAUUGGGAAAAUGAUGUUUCCUCCAGUGGUAAGAAAACUUCUGAGGCUAGGGAUGAUUGUGCUCGAGAUCAGGCUCAUGCUUCAGAAUCCGCUGGUCCCAAGUUUGGUCAUGGACAGAACCAUAUACAACCUUUCAAGGAAUCGACAAGUUCAGAGGAAAUGGCAUCAGUGUUUGCCAAGCGACUGGAUGCCCUCAGACACAUUGUACACCCUUCGGGAAGGAGAAGCCCUCCAACAUCCCCACUUACAAGUUUCUUUUGUGGCAACAGCGGCCAUGAUAUACGUAGAUGCCCGGAGUUAACCGAAUCUGACCUGGAGAAUCUCCUUGCCAACAUAAGCGCAUUUAAUAAGCCUUUUGCUGGUGAGGUAGGCUGCAGCAGGAAACCAGCUGUUGGCUCUUUUCCUAGCUUUCUGACUUCGAACAUGAAAGAAUGGUCGAGCAAAAGAAUUUCUACUUCAAAUGAGCUCCAAAAGAGUACUCUAUCGAAUUCAGGCAACCAUCUAAAGGACAAACAAAUAUUUCAACCAUGUAAGAUUUCCAACACUCAACAGGAGGAGAUGUUUCAUGUAAUAAGGAGAUUGCGCUUGUCUCGUGCUGAUAUUCUCAGAUGGAUAGAUUCUGAUGUCUCCUUGUCACAUUUAAACGGGUUUUUCUUGCGUUUGCGCCUCUCAAAGUUGGAAGGGGGACUGGAAGGGACGGGCUAUUAUGUUGCUUGUAUUUCAGGAGACUCAAUAGAGAAUAUUGGUUGCAAGUCCAAGAAGUCUUUGUUGGUAGAUGUUGGAGGGCUGAAAUCGUCUGUUGGGAGUCAGUAUAUCUCCAAUCAAGAUUUUCUGGAGGAAGAGAUUGAAGGUUGGUGGAGCAGAAUAGUAAAAACUGGUGGCAAGAUCCCUUCUUUAGAUGAGUUGAAGUCAAAAUUUGGAACUAGGGAAUGUCUAGGUCUUUAACUACAAUCACACACUUGCACAUAUUACACUAUUUCUUUAAGAAUUUUUUGACAGUAUUUACUUAGAUUUGCUUUAAGUGAAGCACUUCGUUGUAAGAAAAUGAAUUUUUUUUUGUGUCUAUAUUACUGGGAAUCA